AUUUGUUAUUGGCUUAUUUGACUUAGGGAUGAUAAUUUAAUUAAUGGGUAGGUGAUGAAUGUGUGUAUAUAAAGUAAGUAAUUGCAUGAAGCAUAGGCAUGAGAAAGUGAAUGAAUGGGUAGCAUAGCAAGAAAAUGGAGAGAACUUAGUGGAGAAAGUAAAUGGAAAGGUCUAUUAGAUCCUCUCAAAAUUGAUCUUCGCAAAUACUUACUACACUAUGGACAACUUGCUCAAUCAACAUAUGAUGCUUUCAACUCUGAAAAAGCAUCCAAAUAUGCAGGCAAUUGUCUAUAUUCAAAAAAAGAUUUAUUUUCCAAAGUUAAUUUGGAAAAAGGGAAUCCUUUCAAAUAUUCUAUAACAAAAUUUAUAUAUGCAACAUCCAAAGCAAGUGAUAGUGAAUCAUUUCUUUUGAGGUCAAUACUUUCAAAAGAUGCUUGGAGUAUGGAAUCAAAUUGGAUUGGUUAUGUUGCUGUUGCUACUGAUGAAGGUAAAGUUUCUUUAGGGAGGAGAGACAUAGUUGUUGCUUGGAGAGGAACAAUUCAAGGUUCUGAAUGGAUUAAAGAUUUUCAUUUUCAUUUGGACUCUGCUCCAUUAAUAUUUGGUCUUCAAUCUCCUGUUCAAAUACAUAAUGGUUUUUACUCUCUUUAUACUUCAGAUAAUCCUGGUUUUCAAUCUGCUAAUUCUAGUGCCAGAAAUCAGGUCCUGAGUGAAAUUAGUAGACUUGUGGAGCAAUACAAGAAUGAAGAAAUUAGCAUAACUAUAACCGGACACAGUUUAGGUGCUGCACUUGCGGUUAUAAAUUCGGUGGAUAUAGUUGCUAAUAAAUUCAACAUUUCAAAAGAACAACCUCAAAAAUCAUGUCCAGUCACAACAUUUGCAUUUGCCUCACCUCGUGUUGGAAACUCUAGCUUUGGAAACAUUUUCUCUAACUACAAAGAUUUGAAUGCGUUGCUUAUUCGAAACCAAACAGAUAUUGUUCCAAUUAGUUUGUUUUUAGGCUAUUCGGAAGUUGGAGAAGAAUUAUUAAUCGACACAAAAAAAUCAAAGUACUUGAAGAGUGGAGUUAGUUCACAUAAUUUGGAGGUUUAUUUGCAUGGAGUUGCGGGAACACAAGGAAGUAAAGGAGGAUUCAAUUUAGAGGUAAAUCGUGACAUUGCACUUGUGAACAAAAGUAAUGAUGGUUUAAAAGAUGAAUAUCGUGUCCCUAAUGCAUGGAGGGUAGUGGAGAAUAAGGGUAUGGUUCAACAAUUUGAUGGUACUUGGAAGCUAAUGGAUGAUAAUGAGGAUGUUGUUCUGAUCGUGCGUCCUAGUAAACUAUAGGUGGAAAUCGAAUUCAAGACCACUUAACUAUUCAACUUAUUUAUAUUUUUUAAUUGUUGGUUAAUUUUAUAAAAAUUAAUAAAUUGUUUGGCAUAGUUUUGGCCAUCUAUAUAUUAUAUAUGUGUGUUAUGCAAGGAGUUAAUGCAGCAACAUAAUAGUGAUGAAAUAAGUAUUUGUUUUGUAUUGAUUUAGUAAUGAAAAGUGCUUGCCCUUGUAAUUUAUGGAAAACAGAAAAUAUAUUAUUUAAUAUUUAUGUAUAUACACUUAUUGGUGAUCAUUGACA